AUGAAGAGAGAAAAAUCUGUCUACAGAAAUUUUGUUUCAACCUUGGUGUUAAAGUUAAGCAAUUCAAAAACUUUCUAUAAAAUAAUAUAUUUUUUUACAUUAUUUCAUGCAAGGUCGAUAUACUCAAAAAGCUCCCAUAGUUACUGCUGAAUGUGAAUUAGAAGAAGAAUCGUGUAGUUCUACUAAAGUAGCUGAAAAUACAUUAGUCAUGCAUGAGAAUGAUCAAGGUAGAAUACAUCUUAAAGCUCAUACAGUUUGUCUACAAUAUAGCCCAUUGACCAAAGUGAAUGCACCUCUUAGAUAAGGAGUGAACUUUAGAGUAGUUCUGAAAGAUCUCAAGGCUAGGCAAAAUACCAAGAGGGGGUAAAUUGGUAUUUUAAAAAUCUCGGAUUUUCUUCCUAGAUAGUAGAUGUGUCAACACAUGAAUUAACACAGCUGUGCAUGAUUAUCUACGUACAUGAUUACUUUCUCUCUCUUCCAGUGGGUUCUCACUAUGAGACAAGAACUUUUUAUACUGAUUUGCCCCUCACUUGGCUACUUCUAAUCCCGGAGGAUCCUUCUCAUCAGUAUUUCACUAUUUUCCUCGGAAAUACACACUGAAAUUAAUGGGAUCAGCAACCCAAUACCUCAGAUUUGAUCUCCGCAGAGAUCCAGCCCCUUCUGGGCCAAACAGGACUUAUAGCACCUCGUGCCUCUGACCAAAAUCACUCUCCACUCACUACCCAGUUACCUUAGGGCCUGAUGGAGAGCCUCCUUGAAAGAUUCAAGCUUUAUCUUGAUCAUCAAUCGUUGAUGAAGAAGGAUGAUGCAGUCUGCUCGUGGUUGAAGCUCAGCAGUAAUGAUUCUUGA